UCUCAGUGUCUCAGUGAUGGUGAAAUCGAGCGAGAAUGCUUCUGCUUCAGGUUCAGGGUUUCAGGAAAGUUGAUACGGAUCGCUGGGAAUUUGCCAAUGACAACUUUGUUAGGGGUCAAAAGCAUUUGUUGAAGAAUAUACGUAGAAGGAAACAUCCUCACAUUGCAGAUCAACCAAAAGCCUUGCCGCAGCAAGGCAAUUGUGAUGAAUCAUCACAGGAAGCAACAAAUUAUGACCUUCAAUUUUGGGAAAGAGAUAUUUGGGAAAGAGAUAUUUGGGAAAGAUAGUACUAAUUAAGGAGAUAUUUAAAGAGAUAUUUGGUAAAGAUAGUACUAAUUAAAUCUUCAAUUUUGUAUUUCGGCAGAAGUAAAAAGUUU